GUCCUUGCCCGGCCAGCAGCUGCCACCCGGCCAUCCUCGGCCAGCAGGUGCGUUGCUCCCUGCUGGGCCCUUGUCACAUGGACUUCUCCCUGUCCACGUGUGUCCCUGUCUCUGCUCUGAUAAGGACACCAGUCAUGGUGGAGUAGGCCCACCCUACUCCAGUGUGACCUCACCGUAACUUGGUUACAUCUGCAAAGACCGUGUUUCCAAAUGAAGCCACAUUCACUGGUCCUGGGAGUUAGGACUUAAGCUCAGCUUUGGGAGGGGCACAGUUUAAACAACACUGGCCACACUGUUUGGACAUAUAUUUGGGAGACGUUAAGGUAAGUUAAAUGAUGCCUUAUGUGGAAUUAGAGGUGCCAUGAAAAGUACUUAACAAGAGGGCAGGGAUGGUAUAGCUCAGUGGUAGAGUGUAUGCUUAGCACGCACAAGGUCCUGGGUUCCAUCCCCAAUACUGCCAUUAAAUAAAUACAAAAAAAAAAGUACUUAACAAGAAACUGGACUCUUUCAAAGUGAUGGGACAGUCCUGGCCAGGUCGUGAAGGACUUUGAACAAACACUUUCAGUGUUACGUGCUUCUGAGUUCCUUGAUUUGAAAGCUGUCUCUCCUGCUCCCAUAAACAGCCCCGAGUGCAGAAUGCCCCACAAGAUUGGAUUCGUGGUUGUCAGCUCGUCCGGACACGAAGACGGCUUCAGUGCCCGGGAACUCAUGGUCCACGCUCCGACUGUCAGCGGGUGGAGGUCGCCGAGAUUUUGCCAGUUUCCACAAGAAAUUGUUCUGCAAAUGGUGGAGCGGUGUCGAGUGAGAAAGCUGCAGCUGCUGGCCCAUCAGUGCCUGAUCCCGAGCAAGGUGGAGUUCUACGUGGGCCAGAGCCUGCCCGAGCGCCUCGCACCGCGCCCAGCCGAGCGCUUUCGAAGGCUUGGGUACGUGUCUCUCUGUGACAAUGAAAAGACAGGCUGCAAAGCCCGGGAACUGAAGUCCGUUUAUGUGGACGCAGUGGGGCAGUUCCUGAAGCUGGUCUUUCACCAGAACCAUGUCAACAAGUACAACGUGUACAACCAGGUUGCUUUGGUUGCAAUAAACAUCAUUGGAGACCCUGCAGAUGUCGGCGACGAAAGCGAUGUUGCCUCCAGGGAGAAGCUGAUUGACCACUACCUGGGACACAGCACGGAGGACCCAGCUCUCGAAGGAACUUGCACCGCGAAAUCUGACUAUAUCUCCCCGCUAGACGACUUAGCUUUUGACAUGUACCAGGACCCGGAAGUGGCGCAGAUUAUACGCAAACUAGAUGAAAGGAAGCGCGAAGCCGUGCGGAAGGAGCGUUACGACUACGCUAAGAAGCUGAAGCAAGCCGUUGCCGAUUUGCAGAAGGUCGGGGAGCGGCUGGGCAGGUUCGAGGUGGAGAAGCGCUGCGCGGUGGAGAAGGAGGACUACGACCUGGCCAAGGAGAAGAAGCAGCAAAUGGAGCGCUACCGCAGCCGCGUGUACGAGCAGCUGCGGCUGCAUGACCUGCUGGACGCCGAGCUGAUGCGAAGGCCUCUUGACCUGCCCCUGCAGCCCCUCCUCCGCUCCGUCAGCCCCCACCACCAGCAGCUGGUGCCCUCACUGCCACCACCAGGACAACGAGGGGCAGGAAGCCACCUUGCAGACCCCUUCCUGCAGGAGAAGCCUUCGGCCCCUGCCCCAGACACUUCUCCUCAGUGCCCUGCGGUGGACCAGCCGCCGCCCACCACAGACCCUCCUCCCAAGACCCAGCCCGAGUCCCUGCCCUACGACGAGCGGCCUCUGCCCGCGAUCCACCAGCAGCCCGGGGUGGCGGCCGUGGAGCUGGAACGGAGUGACAGGGACGGCAGUGAGGCCCCCAGAGUGGGCGCCGCAGGCGAGCCGGAGCCCUUGACGGAGAAGGCGUUGAGAGAGGCCAGCUCUGCCGUGGACGUGCUGGGCGAGGCCCUGGUGGCCGGCGCCUACUCCAGGUCGUGGUCACACCGGGAAGGCGCGCUGCUGGCCUUGUAUGAACAGCUGUCGGAGACGCCGGUCGGAACCCCAAGGGAGGACUUAAAGAACACACUGCGGGCGUCCAUCUUCCUCAUCAGAAGGGCCAUCCGAGACAUAGUGACUCCAGUCUUCCAGGCGUCUCUGAAGUUGUUGAAGAUGAUCAUCACGCAGUAUAUCCCCAAACACAAGCUGAGUAAGCUCGAAACCGCUCACUGCGUGGAGAGAACCGUUCCCCUACUGCUCGCGAGAACCGGAGACACUUCUGCCCGCCUGCGGAGCACGGCGUCCAAUUUUAUUCAGGAAAUGGCCCUGUGUAAGGAGGUCAGGUCUCUCCAGAUUAUCCCAGCUUACUUGGUCCAGCCGUUAAAAGCCGGCUCUUCCACGCACCUGGCGAUCAGUCAGACGGCCCUGCUGGCCCGGCUGCUGAGGGACCUGGGCGCAGAGGGCGCGGGCUUCACCGUGGACAGCGUGAUGAAGUUUUCAGCACGUGCCUUGGAGCACAGAGUCCCCGAGGUCCGCGAGGCGGCGGUGCGUCUGAUCCUGGGCCUGUACGCGCAGCACCGGGCCGCGGUUCUGGAGCACCUGCCCCCGCCUGACAGCGCCACCCGCAAGAACGUUCUCUAUAAAACCAUUUUUGAGGGAUUUGCGAAAAUCGAUGGCCGACCCACAGAUGCGGAAAUUAGGGCGCAGAAGAGAGUGGCCACAGGAGAAGCGGAAAAGCGGAAGAAGGAGGAGAUGACAGCCCUGCAGGGCCAGGCGGCGGCGCCGAGGGAGCUGCAGGCCCAGGCGCAGGCCCGGGCCGGCCAGGAGAAAGAAAGUGAAGCUGCCAAGGCGCAGGAUCCGGACACUCCAGAAGGGAAAGCGGCCCCACCUAGUGCUCCAGAAAUCCCAGACAGUCGCUACCUCGAUAACACGGGGAACAUGCGUGCCGAGCCGCGGGUGCGCCGGGUGCCCCCGCGUCUGGGCUUCCUUCUGACGUCAGGAGCUUUGCAUUUUAACCUCGUCCACCUCCAAAGCGCAGCGAGGACCACAGCAGGAACAGGUGUGCACGCGUCCCUUCCCUCGUGGCGCUCGUGGGCCGGGGACCCAGGGCGGGGCCGUCAUGCUCUCAGCACCGCCUUGUCCCUCCGGGCCCAGGUGGUGGAGAUAUGCAGCCUGACGGAGCAUUUGCUGACGGAGUGUGACAAGAAGGCCAGCUUCGGGAAGUGUCACCGCUGCAGUGAGGCUGUUGUGAAGGAAGAGCUGCCCAGACACAUCAAAGCCAAAGACUGCAACCCUGCCAAACCCGAGAAGCUAGCAAACCGGUGUCCUCUGUGCCACGAGAAUUUCAGCCCUGGAGAAGAGGCAUGGAAGGCGCACCUGAUGGGCCCUGCCGGCUACAUGAACCUGCGCCGGACGCACGUGCUGCACAAGGCCCCCGCGCCACCGCCAGUUGAAGGGAAAGGCCCAGCCACGAGCACCGUGGGGACCUCGGGGUCAAAAGUCGGCAGCAAGAUCCCGACACCCAGGGGGGGCCUGAGGAGAGGCUCGGGCAGGACAUUCACAAAGCGGUGACACCGAGGGCACUGAGCCACCUCCCGACCUGACCACACCCCGUCUCCUGAAGGCCACCUCUGGGUGUGGCGACCCUGCACUCCACCCCUGCUGCCCUGGACUCCUGCCACGCUGUCCUCACUGUGGGCGCCCGUGUGGAGCCGAGCCAAGAGCCCGCGUCCAGAGUCCGGCCCUGCCCUCACUGUCGCUCUGGCCAUCAGGUUUCCCCCUUUCUUGGGUCUCAGGCCCAGUGUCGGUGCCAGAGCGACGCUCUGUUCGAAGAGGAUCCGGAGCCAUUGCCCCAGUCGCGCGCUGGCCAGGCGCCACUCACCCCGGGUGCAGGGGCCUGGUGUGAGCACAGCGCCCUCCCUCCGCGGCUUGGAGCGUUUCCCAUAAAAACCCCGCUGCGCACCCUUCCUAUAUCGGUCUCUCUGGCCCGUGGUAGCAGGUCCGCAGGGCACCGAGCCCCGAGCCCCGCAGGGCAGCAGACCCCACAUUGUCCACGGCAGGAGAACUAAGGUCAAGACCGCAGCCCUCAGUACGGCCCCCUCGCUCCCCCUGGCCAGAUGCUCAUGAGGGUCUCUGCCCACCUGGCCCCACCCCUGCUGGCCCCCUCAGGGAUCUGGGGUAACACCGGCGGCUCCACGCCAGGCCCCUCCUGGGGUGCUUCCAGUCCUUCACACGCACGAAGCCCUAAAGAACAUGCAACGCCCUGCCGCUGACUGCCCUGCGCUCGCCUGGGUGUGUCGGUCACGGCAGACGGAGCAGGCCCAGCACCUGCUCGCCUGCCACCCUGUCCCGCCCAGAUCUGAGCUGGAAUUAAACUGCAAGUUCACUUUCCUUGAACACUUCGCAUGACACUCUAACACCAAAAACCACUUCAAAUGAUGAAACCAAACCUCCAAAUCCAGCCUCCUAACCAGCUCCUGAUCCACCAUCCCGUCCCGUGGAACUGGUUCAACUUGCUUCACAUCCGGGUAGCUGCAGAGAAAAGCCAGCCUGUGUCCGAAACUUGCCGUCCAUGCCUGUGGUCCCCAGGGGCCCCCUCCACCAGAGACCGGAGGAAGCUGGCCCUCCCCACCCCACCCCGUGCCCAGAGGUGGGCCUCCCUCCUGAGCGUCACGGGGCUCGGGGACACAAACAUGGGGUCGGUGACUCCCAGGCUACACCAUUGGUGGAUGAGAAUCUUUCAUUCCCAUCCAUGUGAAAUAACAAAACCUAUUUUUUAAAAAAUUAAUAGCUAUUUAAGCAAGGUAUUCCCUGGGUAUGUUAGUGACCAUAAAUUUGCACUAAUCAAUCUCCAUUUUUGGUAAAAUAGUAUCUCUCAUAUGGUUGACUCAAAACACUGAGCAAGAAUGUGACUGACUAAGAAUUCCCUUCAAAACUGUACUCAGUUUAAAAGCAUGGGGGAGAAGGGAACACUGCACCAGAGCAGAGGACGGACGCCAGAACAGUUACAGAGUGACACUUCCUGGUCUCAGAAAGGUGCUCCUCGAUCCUCUAACCCGUUGCUGAGGCAAAGAGAAAACACUUGUUUACAUAGAACAAUGAGGAUAGGUAGCCAAGAAAUUAUUCUUUUCUCUCCAGUCAGAACUUCCCAGAAAUAUAUACGGUAUGUUUUCUAUGUAUUGUAACUUAAAGAAGAUAUUUGUAAAAAUACUUAAUUUUUAGUGAUUGACAAACAAAAUCGAGUGCACUUAAAGCAGAUUAGCCCUGCUGCUUACAGAAGAACCAUGUGUUUACGUUCAGAUGAUUACCGGCAGAGAUUAGUGUCUGUUAAAAGCUUUACAGGGUGCAGUACUAUUAAGGAACCAGGAAUAAAGGGUAAGAAGUGAAAAAGGCCCUGUAAGCUCCCUUGGCCGUUCGUGAAUAAAUAUCUAAACUCGGAACAGUAAUUAA